AUGGGAACGCCAGAGGAAUACCAGAAAUUAGUUGAAACCCUUCAGGGUAUGGAAGUAGUACCAAAAGCUGAUUCUAAAGAAGAAUUAAUCAAUUGGAUGAAAGCGUACCUGGAAAAAGAGAAAGUGGAAAUCAAGAUUGAACCUGGAACUGGUGCGAAUGCUGGUGCCAUUCCUAAAACGACUACCUAUAUUCAUCCUCCUGCCAUUAGUACAUUUUCAGGAACAGAUCCAACAGGAAAGAGUGCUACUACAUUUGACCUAUGGCUGUAUGAAGUCAAGUGUCUUAUGAUUGAGAAAACCCAUUCACAAGAAGCAAUUGCUCAGGCAAUUAGAAAAUCAUUGAAGGGCGAGGCAGGACGGACUGUAAUGAGACUUGGACCUAAAGCAAAGAUUCCAGAAAUAUUGGAUAAACUUACAAGUGUUUAUGGAGACGUAGAUGAGAAAGAAUCUAUCCUUAGUGAAUUCUAUGGUGCAAGGCAGAAACAGACUGAAAACAUCACAGAAUGGAGCUGCAGAUUGGAAGAUAUUCUGGGAAGAGCGAUAAUGACAGGUCAAGUUUUUGAAAGCAGUUCUGACAAGAUGCUACAUGAUAUGCUAUGGAAAGGAUUAAGACCAGAUUUGAAAGACAUUACACACUAUGAGCGAGAGAAAUACCACUCAUUUGAUUCACUUCGAGUAGCAUUGAGGAAAAUUGAAAAAGAAAAUCAACAAGAAAGUGAAGGGAAAAUUUCUAAACAGCUAUCAAAGAAGGCCAUUGUUGAAGAUACAUCAUCAUCAGAUGAGAUAAAAGGAGUAUUAAAGCAAAUUACACACAGAUUAGAAAAUCUAGAGACUGCACAACGAGGUAGAUCAAAAUUUAGAACACCAUUCAGAGGAUCACGGUAUCGAGAUCAGACCUACAGGGGUAGAGGAUUGAGAAAUGAUUUUACUCGAACGAAGCAAAGCAGUAAGGAACAUUUUACUUUUCCUAGCAUUACCUGCAGACGUUGUGGAAGAGAGGGACACAUCGAGAGAGGAUGUCGUGCCAACACUGAUGUCCAUGGAAAGAAUUUAAACUAG